AUGCCCGUCGCUAUGUCCUUUGAGGACAUGCUGCAGUACCCCGACUUUCUCAGAGACAUGGCCUACACUGGCAGGACAUACUGGCUUGGCGACUCGCCCACACUCCCAUUCUCUCCACACUACCACCCUGUCUCCACGUCAAUCACCCAAGCUCCUAUCUUGCCCUACCAUCCUUCUAUAUCUUUACGCGGUCUCAACGUCAGCAUGCACAGUCACGAGGCCACUGACUACGUGGGCAACGAUGUGGUGAUCACGGGCGCACUCGGUCUCGCCACCUCAAAUACCAGCACUGACAACCAGCUCCUCAACACGUGUGGUGGUGGGAUUUCGAGUCACAACAUAGAUGUCGAGAUCGAGGAUGUGCAUGGCUAUGUGGCCGACAUUGCAGAUGUGCGCAGCCAUGCUGUCGUAGGUGUGGAGAUCGCGCACAAUGUCGACACAGAUGCUGACAUUGUGGAUGUGUGCAGCCACACACAUGUGGGCAUCAAGAUGGUGCACGCACGCGGCCACGUCGACGCGAGCCCCAACAUCGCAAAUGUGCAUGGCCGUGCCACUGGGAGCUUCAAGUUCGCCUUACCUAUCCCCGGUUCUCAUUCCGCUUCAUCCUCUCCCCCUCACUAUUCCGACUCCAUUAGUUACAGUGCGCUUGAAUCUAUGUACUACUCCUACCCUGGGUUUCCACCCUUUCCUCACCUGCACGCACCAACACCAGUACUACCUCCCACAUACCUGUAUGACCUUACUUACACUCUCCCACCAUGCCCUGUCAUGGAUCCGCAGCCCACUCGCCAGGCCCUCGCCAUGGCCCACAUGACGGCCACCCGUGCUGUGCCACCAUAUGGAGGGCAUGCACGUGCAGAUGUGAGCGCUCAUGAUCAUGACUCAGACGGGGACUCAAUCCCCGGCCUGUACACUCCCUUAGUCUCCGAUGACGAGUCUGACGAUGAGUAUGACAUGACAUUGUUUAAGUAG